AUGGCAUUUGGUUGUUUACUCGUACUAGCUCUAUUCUCAUGCGUAUUAGCAGAGGAGACAAAAAUCUAUUUUGUAGAGAAAUUUGAAGGUGGGUUCUCGUUGUUUACGUUUCUUUUGCAGGAGGUAGCUCCUACACAAUAUUCCUGAACGAUUCUGAAAUUUUGUUUCCAUCAGACCAAAGUUAUCAGGACAGAUGGGUGGAAUCCACUUUCAAAGGAAGUGACGCUGGAAAAUUUACUUGGACUGCUGGAAAAUUCUACGGUGAUGCAGAUUUAGACAAAGGUAUAUGACAAAUCUGCACAUCCCUCACUUGCAGUCGUAGUGCAUGUUCGUGACUCAAAGAUGACUUCUUUUGGAUAGUUCAGCUGCAAAGCUGAUUUAAAGAAAUUCUUUUAAAUUACGUAAAAUAGCAAUCUUAUAACUUGUAAACAAGGCACCAUAUUACACAAAUCUGAUUUUUUUUUACAGGUAUUCAAACCAGCCAAGAUGCUAAAUUUUACGGUAUUUCGGCCAAGUUUGAGGAAAGUUUUUCAAACGAAGACAAGACCUUUGUGAUCCAGUUUCAAGUGAAACAUGAACAGAACAUCGACUGUGGUGGUGGUUACGUAAAGGUACAUAUUUAAAGUAAAUUUUAAUUUCCCUAUGGAGAAUGAAGUUUAUUGUUUUUGUAGAGAGCAUUUAUUAUUUUGUCUGCCCAUUUACAGCUGGACCCGGUGAAACCAACAGCAACAUGUUCUUGAAUGUGCUGGGAUCAGUAUGUUAUCGGGGGUACAUAUACGUUAUAAUAAUUUUUCGCAUUUUGUCGUUGCUUUUUAGGUUUAUGACAGCAAAGUGGACCAGAAGAACAUUCAUGGCGAUACUCCAUACCACAUUAUGUUCGGUAAGUUGUUGGCAAGGAUUUUUUCUCGAGAAAGUCGUAGCAUAGAGACAGUUUCCUUGGAGGUUUAAUCCUUUCAUACUGAUUUAAAGUGUAAUUUACGUAUUUAUCGAUUUGCCUGAUUGUAGGACCUGAUAUCUGUGGACCUGGCACCAAAAAAGUACACGUGAUUUUUAACUACAAAGGGAAAAACUUGCUGACUAAGAAAGACAUCAGAUGCAAGGUAAAUAAAAAAACAUCAACCAAACUCACAUUUGUGAGAAUUUUAGUUGGCCUUCCACUCUGAAAUAAUCGAGGGGUAGUAUUUAUCUCUUGGACUUAUUGUUCUAAUAUGGCACCAAAUUCUCAAAACACAAAAAAAAGCAUUUUAAGGCUAGGAUAGAGAAAUAGUGAAAAAGAUAGGAACUUGAUAGUAUUCAAGUGUCAGUUCAAUGAAUUGAAACUUUUAACAUGUAUAAGGAUGGUGAAAAGGUAACUAAAUACAAAAAAAAAAUAUAAAUAUAUAUGAUAAAAUACAUUUUGUGGUGGGGAAACUGGGAGAAAGAUAAAUGAAAAGUGAGAUAUCUGUUCAAACCAAUUGCAAGUUGCACGAUAUAAAGGAUGUUACAUGUAUGAGUGAAGUUGCAAGUGCAAAGGUUAGUCAAGGGUUGUGGGUUCAUCUCAGUUUCUUUGACAUUUGUCCACCAAAUGCAUUGAAUCUCAAAAUACUUGCUUCCAAGCUAAUUUAAUUCACAAAAAACCUCUCUUCCAAGUCAACAGUUUAUACUUGUCUAACCAGCAGAUUUUUCUCUCAGGAUGAUGAGUUCACCCAUCUCUACACACUGAUUGUGAAGUCUGAUAACACCUAUGAGGUUCGUAUUGAUGGAGAGAAGGUUGAAAGUGGCGAGCUUGAAGCUGACUGGGAUUUCCUACCACCAAAGAAGAUAAAAGAUCCUGAGGCCAAGAAACCAGAGGACUGGGAUGAUAAAAAGAAGAUUGAUGACCCAGAGGAUAAGAAACCUGAGGUAAAUUUAAUAGUGUUGUGUGUUAGGUUUAACUGAGGUGAGUUCAGUGUCUAAUCUGGUAACCCUGUGAACUUGUAAAAUCUUUUUACCACUUUGUAGCUGACUUGCAAGGGUAUAUAGAAAAGAAUUCAUAGAAUCUUAAGGUUAUUUGCAUGUUGAAGGAAGUUUGGUUUUUACUUUGGGAAGAAGAGCGAAUUAUUUUUUGAGCACAUUUGUUCUCAGUGUAAUUUAAUGUGAGAAUUCUCUGCUUCAGGAUUGGGACAAGCCUCAGCACAUCCCUGACCCUGAUGCCAAGAAGCCUGAUGACUGGGAUGAUGAGAUUGAUGGUGAAUGGGAACCUCCAAUGAUCGACAACCCAGACUACAAGGUUGGUGAACAACCCUGUUAGCAAAAAUUGAAGGGAUAUUUUGCAACUGACCUGAUCAUCAUAUGUACUCAUUUUAAUUUCAACAGUUUUAAUUAUUCUACCUUUUUUCCCUCUAGGGAGAAUGGAAACCCAAACAGAUUGACAAUCCUAACUACAAGGGAGAGUGGAUCCACCCAGAAAUUGACAACCCUGAAUACCAACCUGAUGACAAACUUUACAAGUAUGAUGACAUUGGUGCCAUUGGAUUUGAUCUGUGGCAGGUAAGCCAUAAUUGUUUUCUGUUCACUACUUGUGACUUGUCAAAGAGUGGGGUCUAACAGAGCUUUUUAUUUUAAAAUCCUUUUCUUAUUCCAGGUUAAAUCUGGAACCAUUUUUGACAAUAUCCUUGUAACAGAUUCUGUGGAGUAUGCAGAACAAUUUGCAAAGGAAACUUUUGAGAAAACCAAGGAAGGUGAAAAGAAAAUGAAGGAUGAGCAGGAUGAAAAGGAACGCAAAGAAAGAGAGGAAGAAGAAAAGAAGAGGAAGGAAGAGGACGACAAGAAGAAAGCAGAGGAAGAAGAUGAAGAGGAUGAGGAAGAGGAAGAGGUGCGUCUUAUAAUCAAGAUGAGAUGGAGUGGAAAAAUUUUAGAACAGUUAAAAAUUAUAGCUUUUUUCAUUAUUAUUAAACUUUAAUUUCAUUUCAAUAUGCUACAGUGACUUGUCUUUUAAAGCCCAAAUGUGUCUUUGGGGGAAAAAUACCUAGCUUCAAAUGCUCAUAACGUACACUAAAAAAAAAGUCCGUAGUAUGUUGAUAAAAAAUUGGUUACUUUAAUUGUUUGCUUUCUUCAUUUCUGCAGGAAGAAGAAGGCAAAGAAUCUGAGGAGGUAAAAGAAGAUGAAACAGAGGAGGGUAAGGAAGAAACAGAAAGUGAAGAGAGUGCAACAGAAGAUGAAGACGAAGAAACAAAAGCCAAGGAUGAACUUUAAUUGAAUCUGAUGCAUCUAGGCAUUUUUAUUGACUGAAAAGAUCUCCACAAAGCACACCUAAUUAAAUGGUGUGCGACUGAGAUUUAGGUGGUGUAUCAAAUUGCUACAUGUGAAGAAGCUUGCAGAAAAAAAAAUAGGCCUCUUCAUCAUCUAGGUAUACAUUUAUCAUUUCUUUUUAGAGGAAAAUGUGGAAAUACUGAAUUGUUAUCUGGUAAUCUUCUCUUGCUCUUUGCUGGGUUAAAUUUGUUAUAAUCUUUUUCUAGCAUGGAAAGGCCUAUCUCCUGUGGUUACUCUUGCUGUAGUUACCAGAACUAAUUUAAUUUCUUGUUUAUUAAAAAAAAAAAUGAUGAGAAACAACUGUGUUACAGUUUGCUUCCUCCCUUAUUGUGUUGUGGCAUUUGUGCUUCCCUGCAUUGAAAGCCCAGAUUAAAAAGGGAACUGAGAAUUUGUAUAAUGACAUGAAAACCAUCUGGAUUGUAUAAUGAAUGGAAUUAACCAUAUGGAGUACUUUUAUUUCUCAAAAUGGUAUCAUUCAAAAUAGGGGAAACAGGUUGAACAAUAGACUAAUUGUUAAUUUGUAUCGGAAGAAGAAACUAAAUUAAUGCCCUAACUAUCAUAGUUGAUCAACAUGUAACUUCUUCUCAUAGUAUUCAUACAUUAUCCAGCAAAAAGGUAAUGAGAAUACUUGGUCUCAUCAGGUAGAUGUUGUCAUCUUGAUCGAAAACCAGACUUGGACAAAUAAAUGUGUAGCAGCUAGAGGGGAGAAUUAACAGUCGGAUCUUGGGAGUUCAAGGGUUAAAUUGUAUGUGGUGGAGGUGGUAGUGCUGAUGUGAGGUUCAAGUGUUUCCUGUGCAAUUAAGUAGAGAACAUGUGAAAUAACUUCACACAGUGUUAAAACAAGCAUGGUUACCUCAUCAUUUUACUUUAUUUUUUUCCAUUACUAUUUCAUGGUUAAAGAUUUAUUAUGUCAAGUUAAAUCAAAGAAUCUCAACUGAAUAUUUUAAAGGGAAUAAUGUAAAUUAGUGCUCUUGAAUUAACUUUGGUAAGUUCCAGGUGUGAGCUAAUGCCACUGGCUCACUUAAACUGUUCUCAGGAAAGGCAUCUUAUAAGGGAGGUAGCUCUUCAAUCACUCACAACUUAUGUUUACAUUGGAAACACAUCCUUGAUCAGAGGGAACUACACACAGAAUAAGCUUUGGUAAUGAUAAACAAUUAUUGGAUGACGCUUUUGUGAUAACCAGAAUGGUCAAGGUGGGGGUUAACAGCCAAAGUCAAAGUCUUUGGCUGAUAACCCUUAACAAGAUCUUGUUUAAUCUGGAUAUCACAAAAACUGAAUGUAAUAAUUGUUUUAUUAUACACUGAAUGAAAAAAAAUGGUCACAACAGUAAGUGGAACUGAUAAUUUACUUCUAAACUUGUAAAAAUAUACAAAUGAGCA